CUAUCGUCAUUGCUCGUUGACCAUAUCUGUAUCCUAUAGGGGUUCUCGAUGGGUGGCGCUUGAUGGAUGGUGCUUGAUGGAUGGCGCUUUCCCCUUGACACUCCUCUGCUACUGCUCUGGUCUUCUACCUGUACUUGUCUCGCGACUGGCUACUUACUGACCAACUUGCUUAUAUGCGGGCUUCGUACGGAGGAAGUCGUGGGUGGGAAGGGAGUGAUGGGUAAGAAGGUAGGCAGGCAGGUAGCGUCAAGGCGAGAGUGAAUACGUCGGCAAUAACAAAACAGGACAAACACAAACACUCCAUCCUCAGAUCCAACAACCCACCACACCCUCUCCCCAACCAUCCCACACCAACCACAAACCACAAAACACACUCCAAAACAAUGCCCUGGACAACAACCCACCCUCACAAACGCCCCCCUCUCCCUCUCACAUCCAGCACCACAACCAACACCCGCCACAACCCCCGCCCCCCAACCCUGCCCCCCUCCCUCUCCGCCCUCUCCCCCAUCCCCCUCUCAAAACACCACCUCCGCCUCGUCGCCUCCUGGAUCCGCAACGACCUCGACCCGCUCGUCGCGCGCGAGGGGCCCGACGUACUCCACCCGGACGACGUCCUCACACUACACGACUUGUUUGUGCGGGUGCGUGCUGAUGGGUCCUGCUUGCCUACAACUACAACCGCAGGCGGCGGAGCUGGAACAGUAGGCGGAGUAACAGCACCAACAGCCGAAAUAACAGCCUCAACCCUCCGCUCCUCACGCCUGCACUUCGCCGUCAUGGAAAUCGCAGGCAAGGCGACGCGCUGGCCGGGCAAGUUGGCGGAUGAAUGUGAUGGGCUUGUGGGGGUUUGGGAGGCGCGGUUCGGGAGGCUGGAUGCGUUGAGGCCGUUUUUGUUUGGGGUUGGGGGGAGGUUGGUUGGGGUUGCGGGGACGGGGGAUUUGGCGAGGGCUGGCCUGCUGAAGCUGUGGAGCUUUUCGUGUCCGGAGCGGCUGUUGCCUGCGCGCUCGAAGAAGCAUGGCGGGUUGGGCUUUGUGCCGGGGUCGUGGUGGAUCAACGGCAUGUUCGCCUGCCACGCCGGCAUCAUCGACAUCGAGACCACGGACGGCGGCGUCUGCUUCGACGAGCACGGCGCCUACGCCGUCGUGCUCAAGGACGACUCGGAGGUCGAGGGCUCGUCGCCGCAUACAUUUACCUACCGAUGCGGCGCGCGCGAUCGCGGCCGGUUCCGGCUCACGGGCGCGGAUUCCAAGGCGCGGUGGCCGGUGCGCGUGUUGCGCUCGCAUGCGCUGAAUUCGCUGUGGGCGCCCAAGGUCGGGAUUCGGUAUGAUGGAUUGCAUCGUGUUAUCGGGUGGUCGAUUAAGCCGGUGCGGAGGACGGGGGGUGGUGGUGGUGGGAUGGUGGAUGACGGUGAGCCGGUGUUGGUUUUCGAGGUGACGUUCCAGCGCGAGCCGAAUGAGGAGGUGGAUAUGGAUGAGGUGCUGCGGCAUCCGCUCGCGGACGAGGUGGAUGAUUACCUCGAGUAUAAGCGCUUGCGGCAGAAGCGUGGUGUGCAAGGGCCGGAGCAUGUCAAAGCGGUCUUCUCGGACGAGUCUGUUGCGCCGCCUGCGUCGUCCGCGCCGGGUAUGGCUGCCGAGUCUCUCGAGCACGAUGCCGGCAAGCCCCUCCUGGAUCUUCUGGAGAGAAAGGAGGGCAGCGAGCCCGCUCCGUCUUUCUUCCCUGAGCCUGACGACGAUGGUCUCCCGACGCCCCGACAGCAUAAGCUUGAGGCCGGAGCAGGUAGGUUUAGGGCGAAGUUGACGGCUAAUCUGCCCGGCUUCACGCUCUCCAUUCCCACGCCUGCGAUCUCGCCCGCACUGGCCGGGAAGCAGAAGAAGAACAAGAAGGGCAAGUUCGGAUCUCAGACGACGUCUGCUACCGGGUCGACUCAGUCCGUUGCUACCGGCACGUCUGGCGAGAGCGGCGUCAGUCGUCAGAGUCGCGGUUUCGUCGGGCGGAAGCUUGGCUCGACGGAUCGGACGGCGGAGAAGGAGAAGGAGAAGGAGGCGGGCAGGCCAGGGGGUAUGAUGAUGCGUGGCUCUGUGUUUGCGCCGCCGCCGCCGCCGUCGUCGUUAUCGCGGCUUAAUGUUAAGCGCGGCGGGGCUAGGAAGCCGUCUAUCUUUGCGAAGAUGCUGGAGGGGCCGCGGAGUAGGGGGGGUAGUGAGGCGUUGGAUGGGGUUGAUGAGCGUCCGGAGGAGUGGGAGGUUAAGGCUUGUAGGGAGGAGAUGGAGGUUGUUGGUGGUGGUGGUGGUGCUGAGGGGGUGUUGGAGGGGGUGUUGUCGCCGAGGCAGACGGGGUAGAUUGUCUUGUUGUCUUGUUGUCUUGGGGUCUUGCGGACUUGUGGUCUUGUGGUCUGGGGGGUGAGGUGUUCGGAUAUGUGGUUAUGGAGUGCAUGAUAGGGGUUGAUGGGUGGGCAGGCUGGGGCUUGGGGAUGUCUUGUCUGCGAGGGUGAAGGGCAGACAUACUGCAGUUAUUACGAGCUUUGUAUAUGUUAUCAUCAGAAUGCUCCACCAUCAAUUCGGUUCUGACUCUGUCGUGCCGGCGUGAACGUGAUC